AUGUACGUGUACACUUGCAGAGAUAAAACUGAAGAUGAAGAUCAUCAUUUAUCCGCUGGCUUAGGUUAUGUUAUUGAUAAUGGAAAUGGAAAUGGUAGUUGUAAUGGUAGUGAUAUUGGUAAUGGUAAUAGUAAGGGUAAUGACAAUGGUAAUGGUAAUGGUAAUGUUAAGAGUACUGGUAAUGUUAAUGUUAAUAAUUAUGAUUAUAUUAACGGUAUUGGUACUGGUAAUGGUAAUGAUAAUGCGAAUGGCAAUAGUAAUGAUAAAGGUACUGGUAAUGGUGAUGCUAAUGGUACUGGUAAUUUUAAAGGUACUGGUAAUGGUAAUGUUAAUGAUAUUGGUCAUGUUAACGGUACUGGUAAUGGCAAUGGUAAUUUUAACGUAAUUGUAAUGAUAAUGAUACUGGUAAUGGUAAUGGUAAUGGUAAUGAUAAUGAGACUACUAAUGGUAAUGUAG